UAAAAAUGGAUAGAAUUGGUUUGAUUGAGGUACCAAGUCCCGGAGGUCCUCCUAUUCGAACAAGAAAUGCAGGACAGGGGUUUCUAGGGUUAGGGUUUAUGUUUGUCCGGGGAGAUUGAUUCUGCCAAUAAAAUUACAUUCUUGUUUCCCUUAGCAUCAAACGAUCAGCGAUAGGAUCAGACCUCUUUACCAUAGCAGGUGUUGCAACACAUCUUCUCUGCAAUUAACCUUAUUCCGAUUCCUUGAUUCCAAGUGAUGGAAGAUAGAAUCAGUAAUUUGCCAGAUGCAGUACUUUGCCACAUCCUCUCUUUCCUCCCCACAAAACAGUCAAUCGUCACAAGCAUUCUCUCGAAAAGAUGGAAGGCUCUCUGGCGCUCAGUUCCCGCUCUCCACUUCGAAGAAAGCCUCAUGGACAACAACAACGACAUAGAGACCCAUGCACGCUUCGUUCAGUCGGUGUACGCAUUCACCCUCUCCCGUGACAUGGACCAACCCUUCCGAAGAUUCCACCUCGUUUCUCGCUCUUUCCUUUGCAACCCUGUCAACGUCAUCGCCUGGGUCAGUGCCGCAUUGCAGCGAAGAGUCGAAAACCUCUGCCUCAGUCUCACUCCUUUGACUAAGAUGGUGUUGCCCUCUGCGCUUUUCAGCUGCAAAACCCUUGUUGUGCUCAAACUCAUUGGGGGCUUGAAUAGGAACCCUUUUCCGUUGGAUUUUAAAUCCGUUGAUCUUCCCUUACUAACAACCCUGCAUUUGCAAUCAUUUAUACUGGAGCGUAGGGAUAUGGCCGAGCUUCUUCGCGGGAGUCCGAAUCUCGAGUACUUGUUUGUUGGCCAUAUGUAUUUUAGUGGCCCUGAAGCAAGGUUUGAAAGAUUGCCCAAGUUGCUUAGAGCCACCAUUGCGUUUGGCCAUGUUCCGUUGGAAGUUGUUAAUAAUGUUCAGUUUCUGCGCAUAGAUUGGAUGGAGCACAAAGAGGAAGCCAACUUGAUUCCCGAGUUUCAAAAUUUAACACACCUCGAAUUGGGCUAUUCGGAGUGUACUAGGGAUUGGGUUGAUGUGUUAGAAGUGAUCCAGCGUUGCCCCAAUCUUCAAAUUCUUGACAUUGACAUGGGGAGUAUUGACAUGACUACUAGAGACGAUGAAGGAGCAGAUUGGCCAUUCCCACGAUCUGUCCCUUCAUCCAUUUCAUUACACCUUAAAACAUGUUUUAUCAGAUGUUAUGGAGGCUCAAAAGGUGAGCUUCGGUUUGCAAGAUAUAUUAUGCGGAAUGCAAGGCAUUUACGUACCAUGAAAAUCUCCACUUAUGCAAGUCGACAGCAGAAGUUUAAUAUGUUAAAAAAGUUAUCCUUGUGCCCAAGGCGUUCUAGAAUUUGUAAACUUUCAUUUAAAUCAUUUAAAUAUAUUUGUAAGUUCAAUCAAACUUUGUACAUUGUGUGGAAUUGUUUCUUUAAAUUUUGGUGUAAUGGAAAGCCACCACCAGAAAACAACAGAAAGUGCAAGCAUAAAAUGUCUCCAAUGGUGGAUAGGAUUAGCUCUUUGCCAGACACACUACUGUGUCACAUUCUCUCCUUUUUGCCGACCAAAGAAGCUAUUGCCACUACAAGUCUUCUGUCUAAGAGGUGGAGCCCUCUGUGGCUCUCAGUCUCCACUCUUCGCUUCAACGACCAAUGCUAUCUGCAAAACAAAGACACCUAUUUUCGUUUUCUUCAAUUGGUCUACACAGUUAUGCUCUCGCGAGAUGUGGCACAACCCAUCCAAAGGUUUUACCUUGCAUGCAUGUCUUCACUUUGUGACACUUCAAUGGUCAACACAUGGGUUACGACCGUAAUUCAACGCAAAGUUCAGCGUCUCGAACUUUCUCUGCCUUCUACCAUCAACUUGCCAUGUUGCAUUCUCACUAGCACAACCCUUGUGGUUCUCAAGUUGAGUGGUUUAACUGUGAACCGUGUUUCUUCUUCUCCUGUUGAUCUUCCUUCGCUUAAAGCACUUCACUUGAGAAGGGUUCAUUUCCUUGAACUUAGAUGGCUUCUUCAGAUUCUGUCUGCAUGUCCACUUCUUGAGGACUUGCUCAUAAGAUCUUUGCAUGUUACUAACUUUUCCAGUGAUGAGCAGUUAAAAAGGUUACCAAAAUUGGUCAGAGCAGAUAUUUCUGAUUCGUUUAUAUAUAUUCCUUUGACAGGGUUUUAUCAUGUGGAGUUUCUUCGAACUGAAGUGGCAUGGAAUUUAUUUUUCGAUAAGAAUCACACUUUUUUCAAUUUAAGCUACUUGGAGCUUAAGUUCAUCUGUCAGUUCCAUGACUGGGAUUGGUUAAUUAAAUUGCUUCAUCAAUGCCCCAAUCUUCAGAUUCUUGUAAUUGACAAGGAAAAUGGUUUCACCAAAACAAGUGUGGACGAAAAUUGGGUAUAUCCACGAUUUGUUCCCAAAGGCCUUUCAUCAAAACUUAAAAGAUGCUGUGUCAGAAAUUAUGAAGGACAGGAAGGUGAGCUUCAAUUUGCAAGAUAUAUUAUGCAGAAUGCAAGAGUUUUAGGCGCCUUGACCAUUUGUAGUACCACUUCCUCAAAUCCAGAGGCAAAACUCCAAAUGAUUAAAAAGUUAUCAACUUGUCCAAGGAUUUCAGUUACCUGUGAACUUUCCUUUGAAUGAAAUUGGAUAGGUUUUCCUAAGUAGCAGUAAUUAGUGGGCGUGCAUGCUUUUUGAUUAGUUCUUCAUGCACCAGUGUUGGGUUUUGAAGGACUUGAACUUUGUCCUAUGCACAAGUUUAAUCUACAAUGCAUAUAUAAAAGAAAAGCUCUUGUUGUUGUAAAUCUUGUUUAA